AUGAACAGGUAUCCGAGCGUGCUGAUCCCAGGAGGGGGCAAGGUGAGAGAUGAUGGUCGAAUUGAGGUCAACCUAGACUCCAAAGCCUGUAGGGCUGUGGCAGAGCUCAUCGGUACAAGUCCUGCGGAGGUGGAUCACCCGCUUGGCCCACCACCCCCGUACGAGGAGAUCCAACAAGACACCCAGCCAGCCAUCGACAUCCGGCUCAACAUCGUCAUCCAGGUAGUAGGCAGCCGCGGGGACGUCCAACCAUUCAUAGCGCUAGGCAACGAGCUGCAAAAGCACGGGCAUCGCGUUCGACUCGCGACGCAUGAUGUUUUCGCCACCUUUGUCAGGGAUCACGGGUUGGAAUUCUACCCAAUCGGCGGCAACCCGGCCGAGUUGAUGGCGUACAUGGUCAAGAACCCUGGGUUGAUUCCGCAGCUGCAUAGUCUCCGGGCCGGCGACAUCCAGAAGAAAAGGGACAUGGUGGCAGAGAUGCUGGACGGGUGUUGGAGAUCUUGCAUCGAAGAUGAUCCAGUUACAGGAGCUCCAUUUAUCGCGGAAGCGAUUAUUGCCAACCCACCGAGUUUCGCCCACAUUCAUUGUGCCCAGGCCCUAGGUAUUCCGCUGCAUCUGAUGUUUACGAUGCCGUGGAGCAGCACGAGGGCGUUUCCGCAUCCGUUGGCCAACUUGAAGUACUCCGACACAAGCCAGGAGAUGGCGAACUACUUCUCAUACGGUAUCGUUGAGUGGUUGACGUGGCAGGGGCUCGGGGAUGUGAUCAACAGCUGGCGCUCGAAACUCGACUUGGAGGCCGUCCCGGUUACGGAGGGGCCAAUGCUGGCAUCGACUCUGAAGGUCCCAUUUACCUACUGCUGGUCUCCGGCUUUGAUGAGGAAGCCAGCGGACUGGCCCGCGCAUAUCGAUGUCUGUGGCUUCUUCUUCCGGGAUGCUCCAGAUUACAAGCCACCCCAAUCACUCGACGCCUUCCUCCAAAACGGAGCGCCACCCGUGUACAUCGGUUUCGGCAGUAUUGUUAUCGACGACCCGGAGAAAUUCACCGCAAUUAUCCUAGACGCUGUUCGGACGUUGGGAGUUCGUGCUAUUAUUUCUCGGGGCUGGAGUAAACUAGGCGGAGAGCCGUCUAACAGCAUCUACUAUAUCGACGACUGUCCACAUGAAUGGCUAUUUCAGCAUGUGUCCGCUGUCGUACAUCAUGGAGGCGCCGGAACCACCGCAUGUGGCCUCCGGAAUGGCCGGCCUACAUCAAUAGUCCCAUUCUUUGGAGACCAGCCGUUCUGGGGAAACCUGGUAGCAGCCUCCGGCGCAGGCCCCAGACCGAUACCAUAUCGACAAGUCACCGCGGCGAAUCUCGCCGAGGCCAUUGGGUUCUGCUUACAGCCAGAGGCACAACAUGCCGCUCAGAACAUUGCGUCAAAAAUGCAGUACGAAGACGGUGUCAAGACUGCGGUUGCCUCGUUUCACCGGAACCUGCCGCUGGAUAAAAUGCGCUGCGACCUGCUUCCCAACCGCGCUGCAACGUGGACGUGUAAAUCACCCUCACUGCGUUUGUCGAAACUUGCUGCGCAGAUGCUGGUGGAGCAUUUGCGGCUUGAUAAGAAAGCUCUGCAGGUCUACGAACCUAAGCCAGUGCAUAUCGAGAACCGACGCUGGGAUCCAGUCACGGGCACCGUAUCCGCAGCAAUCGGGACAGGAACGAACAUGGUCAAAUCAACGACUGAUAUUUUCCUCAAACCCUACCAGGAAUAUCAAGACCUGCAAAGAGGACGACCGCAGUCCAGACAGAGCUCCGAGACCACUGCAUCUGCUCCGUCAAUUGCUCGAUCGCUGAGUACGCCUCCAAGGACAGAUACCCAGCCGCCACCCACCCCAACAAACAACCCAAGCGCUCUCCAGGCAACCGGCACAAUUGCAGGCGCAUCUGCAAAAAGCAUUGGCAAAGUCCUGACCUCCUACUUCAAAGGUGCCAUGGUCGACAUCCCGCUGGCUACAACGGAGGGCUUGCGCGCCGUCCCACGUCUCUACGGCGAAGAAGUCAAAGAGCACAAGCCCGUCAAGGACUGGAAAUCCGGCGUUGUGGUCGGGUGUACUUCGUUUUCGCGGGGCAUGUACGAUGGCUUGACGGGUGUGGUGAUGCAGCCGUACAGAGGUGCAAAGGAAGAAGGCGCCCUGGGUGCGGUGAAAGGUCUUGCGAAGGGGACGGUUGGAGCGGCGGCGAACGUCGGGUCCGCUGCGUUAGGGCUUGUGGCGUAUCCCGGGCACGGGAUCUGCAAGAGCAUUCAUUCCUCUGUCCGGUCGAAGACUAGGAAGGCGGUUGUCAAGGCGAGGCAGAGGGAGGGGGAGUAUCUUGCUGCGACUGUGACUCGGGCUUCUGGGAGCGAACGAAUCGAUCGAGGGGCGGUGUUGCGAGCGUUUGAAGAGAGGAAGCGUGGGGGUUCUGGUGUGCUGUCGAAGAGGUUUGAUACGUGGGAUAUUGCGAAUAGUCGGGACGCAGUCUAG